UUAUUUUUGACAAUUAUUUUAUUUUACGACUAUUGAGGACUAAGUGUAGUUCAUAAGUAAAUUUAAAAUGAAAAUUUUGUGGUUUUGUUUAUUUUUAAUAUCAUUUAGUGUGUGUAAGGUUUGGUGUAAGCCCGGAGAUGUUAAAACGAUAAGAACACCCAAUAAUAUGUCAAUGGCUAACUCCAAAGUUUUCAAUAAUACCUUCAAAAAAAGCAAUCCAAAUACAAAACAAUUGUUGACAUGGAUUAAACGAAACAUAAAACAUGGUAUACGAUGUGUUGAUGUUGGAAUUGGUCCAAUGAAAUGUGAAACCAAAACUGGAUCAAAAUUUGAAACAAAGAUACAAGUUUGGAAUAAUCUACCAUCAUCAAUACGACAACAGUGGGCUACAACUGUCAUAAGUAAUAAUUUACCUAAGGGUGUCAACAUUGAAACCGAUUAGUGAUUAAGUAAUGAAAAAGAUAUGAUGUUAUAAAAUACAUUUAAAUAUAGUAUUUUCAUGAAUUUAUUUUUAAUAAUUAUCUAAUUGAAUUCAAAGAACCUUUUAUUUCUUUUUCUUAUGUUUGUAAUCGAGGUUUGAGGUGGUACGAACAUUUGUAGUUUCACCUCUUCACCACCGUUUAUUGGAAACUAUAUUCAAAUAUAAUUCAUAUUCAAUUUACUUUUUCUGUUAUUAUUACAUAAUUUUAAGAAAAAUAUUACAAUGACUAUUUGU